AUCACCUUCACCGUCAGCUUCUCACUUCCCAGGUCUCGUCUUGUCGUCUUGUCUCUCCCUCAAGGGUCACAUGCCCAUCGUCCACGGUAAAUUUUUUGACCCAGAGACCCCCAAGAAUGGCCGCUCGGUGAGAUGAGAAUCUGUGUAGGAGGGGAUGAACCCGUGACGUCCCUUUCAGGCUGCAAAGACUUUACCCCAAGAAGGCCCAGACACGCCCCCAUGGCCAUUUGCGUACGCCCUUUGCAUUAUUAGCUCAGCUGUUCUCUCCCACGUUUUGGGUUCAGUUUUGGCCUCGACAAAGAUCCCACUUUUAGCCUGUCCCUCUCUCUCUCUCUGUCGCUGAAUUUCUAGAAUUAGCCCCGCAGGCACUGGCAGCAGUAUCUGCGGUUUGUGAUCCCUUUUCUUCUGGGCCCACGUACCCAAAUCUUCUUCCCCUUCUCCGUCCCUCGCUCACACUCAGUUCGCUUAGAGCAUGCUCUGUUAGCUGCCAGCAACAGCGUGAGUUGCAGCCGCAGUAGCAAUGGAGGAAGAAGUAAUGGAAGCGGAGGCUGCGGGCAGUGUGGGCUCGGGCGAGGUGAAUCCCCCGGUCCGCCGCGUGCUUCUCGUCUCCGCUGGGGCGAGCCACUCUGUGGCUCUUCUAUGGAACAUUGUUUGCUCUUGGGGACGAGGUGAAGAUGGGCAAUUGGGCCUUGGGGAUGCUGAAGAUAGGUCUACGCCUACUCGAUUGAGUGCACUUGAUGAUCUUGGGAUCGUAUCUAUCAUCUGCGGUGCUGAUCACACGGCUGCAUAUUCUGAAUCACGGGCAGAACUUUACAGUUGGGGAUGGGGUGACUUUGGGAGGUUGGGCCACGGGAACUCCAGUGAUGUUUUCACUCCCCAGCCGAUAAAAGCAUUACAGGGUCUGCGAAUUAAGCAAAUUGCUUGUGGAGACAGCCAUUGCUUGGCUGUUACCAUGGACGGCGAAGUGCAAAGUUGGGGGAGGAAUCAGAAUGGUCAACUUGGUCUUGGGACCACAGAGGAUUCUCUUCUGCCACAAAAGAUGCAUGCCUUUCAGGGUAUGCGCAUAAAAAUGGUUGCUGCUGGAGCUGAACAUACAGCUGCUGUAACAGAAGAUGGAGAACUUUAUGGAUGGGGCUGGGGCCGUUAUGGAAACUUGGGUUUAGGCGAUCGAAACGAUCGGUUGUUUCCUGUGAAAGUUUCUGCUGUAUAUGGCGAGAAAAUGGUCAUGGUUGCUUGUGGAUGGAGGCAUACAAUAUCAGUUUCUGCUUCUGGUGGUUUGUACACUUUCGGUUGGAGUAAAUAUGGUCAGUUAGGACAUGGGGAUUUUGAGGAUCAUCUUGUUCCUCAUAAGCUCGAAGCUCUGAGUGGAAGCUUUAUUUCUCAGAUUUCUGGUGGUUGGAGACACACAAUGGCACUUACAUCUGAUGGAAAAUUAUAUGGAUGGGGAUGGAACAAGUUUGGACAGGUCGGAGUGGGUGACAACAUUGAUCACUGUUCUCCUGUACAAGUCAAAUUCCCUCAUGACCAGAAAGUGGUUCAGGUCUCCUGCGGGUGGAGGCACACUCUUGCUGUUACGGAACGGAAUAAUGUUUUCUCAUGGGGAAGAGGUACCAAUGGACAGCUCGGGCAUGGAGAGUGUGUGGACAGGAACUUAGCUACGAUAGUGGAGGCUCUGAGUGUUGAAGGGUCCAGUGGGCAGCAGAUACAGGCCUCAAAGGUUGAUCAGUCGUCAGGAAGAUCCUGGGUCUCACCUUCCGAGAGAUAUGCUGUUGUUCCUGAUGAAACUGCCCGGAAAAGUAUGGGUGAUGCUAGUGUUCCCGAGGGCGAUGUCAUGCAGAUGUAAAUAGGACUAUCUGUCUCGAAACCAAAUGCAUCAAGAAUAAUAUGCACGCCGAGGCCUCUCAGCGCUCCACUUCUGCAGCUCAUUUGUCAUGUGCCAGACAGUCGGCAAACGAAUAUCUCACUGCUUUUGCUUCUUAUAUCUAGUAGGAUGUAUUCUGGUAACGUUCGUCUGUAUCGGUCUUUUGUUCUGAUGUGUAUAUGCUGCCGGCUCUUAGAUUUUAGGAUCGUACUCAGGACUUUUACAAAUUCCUACUUAAGGGAUGGUUGAAAUUUGAAGGAUGGCUUUCUGGUUGUUCCACACACACUCGGUUUUCCCUUUGUAACUCAACCGAAUAAUUUCCUCUUAUGUGGAGUACUAGUAUUGGUCUA